AUCAAAUCCACUGUGUCCUUAAGAUUCCAUUGGACUCUCCCCCACACUCUCAUAAGUCAUAACGUCACGUGACCUGCACGUGAUUAGUUCCGUAAACCAAAACACCUCUAUUCUGAGCAACACUGCGGCAGUUAGCGGGGGCAGUAGGCAAAAUAUAUUUUAUUAUUAUAUUAAAAGAGAAAGAAAAAGAAAAUACAAAAGAAAAAAAAGCUUCACUGGAUUAAAAAAAGAAAAAUCAUCAAUGACGAAUAUGGUAGUACAAGUACAACAGUGGAGACCCGCCUUAUCAACUUUCCCUCCAAAUUCAAAAUCAACUUUACUCUUCUUCUCUCCCAAACUCCAACACCAUCAUCAUCUUCAACCUCUCCCCAAAUUUUCUCGCAGAGACCUAGCUUCCCUCUCAUUUCUGGCUCUUCUUCCUUCUCUCAGUACACCCGCACCUGCCACCGCUUUCUCAAUCGGCAUUUCAGGACCAAAGGAUUGGUUGAAGGAUCAAAAGAAGAAGUCCUCUAAGUUUCUAUUAGCUCCAAUCGAUGCCUCGCGAGAGAGUCUUCGUUCCGCUUAUCUCUUACUCAAUGCUAAGGAUUCGGAUUAUUCAGAAAAGGACAUGGAGGAAAUCCAGAGUCUGUUGAGAUCUGCUGCGAGAGAUUGCGUUAUAGAAGAGAGGAAUUCGUUUGUUGCGUUUCAAGCCAAUACAGGAGUCGAGGUUUGCACAUUUCGUUUGAUAGUGAAAAAUGCAGCCUCGUUGUUAGGCGAUAAGGAUCCUCUUAAGCUAGAGGCCGAGGCUAUAUUGGCGGACCUUAUAAGAUCUUUCAGUUCUCUACAAACUGUGGCAAAUGAAGCAGAUAUACAACUUCCAUCUGAAAGACAGAGGAUAGCAGAUUCACUUACAAAUGCUAUCUCGUUCCUUGACAAAUUUGAACAAGGAGUUAAAGACUGCCUCGAAAUUUGACACAAGUUGUUGUGGAUAUCAUGCUUGAAAUUCAGAUGAUGUGCUGUUUUCUUUGAUGCAAUUGGUUUUUUUCCAACUCUCGUUUGUGUUAUUUACCUUGAAUUACCUUAUUUUUCACCAUUUCUUGACAAUGGCUGAACUUCUUAAUUUGGUACUGUUAUUGUGAAGAGCUGAAGGAAGUGGUGGAGGUUUCAUUGCUUGGUAUCUCCCUGUUACUCAUUGAACUCGAAAAUGUACCUUGUAUCAUUCAAUGUCGGACAGGAAACAUUAAGUUAGAAACACAGCUAAACUUUCAAAUUUCACUGUAUAAUGUUCGUGUAUGGGAUGAAAUGAAGGCAAGUUUUAGUCGUACC